GAUUGAGCAGCUGAUCAAACAAAGAUAAACCACACUUUACAACCAAUGUAUUCACUGAUUUAAAAACCAUGACAAAUUAAUGGAAACAUUUGACUGAAAAUAAUGAUGAUAUAACAAGCAAAACAAUGAUGAUAUUGGGAAUAAGGCCUGGUGAAUAUUCAUAUUUAAAGAAUUAACCUGUUUGUCAUUGUGUACGCACAAUAUGUUCAGUUUGUGGCUAGAUAUUGUUUACAGACUGUUUGGCCAGUAGCCACCCAGUUUGACCAGUCAAACUUGUGAUCCAUCAGUGUGGAUACUUCAGCGAGAUUCAGCAUUUCCUCUCAAACAGGCUAACAUCUAAAAAGAUUCAUUUCAGAAAAAUGAGUGAAGAAAUGUGAAUGCUUCUUGUUGCUGAAACCAUUUAAUUUAUAAGGUGCUGGCCAUCCCAUGAAGCCUCACCGUCUGUCUCUGACUCACAGUCUGGUGUUGCACUAUGGACUCUACAAGAAAAUGAUGGUGUUUAAGCCAUACAAAGCAUCACAGCAUGACAUGUGUCGGUUCCACUCUGAAGACUACAUAGACUUCCUACAGAAGGUCAGCCCCAAUAACAUGCAGGGCUUCACAAAGAGCCUCAACACAUUCAACGUCGGGGACGACUGUCCUGUAUUUCCGGGUCUUUUUGAGUUCUGCUCAAGAUACACUGGAGCCUCUUUACAGGGCGCUACACAGCUCAACCACAAGAUCUGUGACAUUGCCAUCAACUGGGCUGGAGGACUGCAUCAUGCCAAAAAAUUUGAGGCGUCUGGGUUUUGCUACGUCAAUGACAUCGUCAUCAGUAUACUGGAGCUACUCAAAUACCACCCUAGGGUUCUGUACAUCGACAUUGACAUUCACCACGGUGACGGUGUCCAGGAGGCCUUUUACUUGACUGACCGUGUCAUGACUGUGUCCUUCCAUAAAUAUGGGAACUACUUUUUUCCAGGAACAGGUGACAUGUAUGAGGUCGGGGCAGAGAGCGGCCGGUACUACUGCCUCAAUGUUCCUCUCAGAGACGGCAUUGAUGACCAGAGCUACAGACAGCUGUUCCAGCCGGUUAUUAAGCAGGUGGUGGAUUUCUACCAGCCGACCUGCAUCGUUCUACAGUGUGGAGCAGACUCUCUGGGCUGUGACAGACUGGGAUGCUUUAACCUCAGUAUACGAGGACACGGCGAGUGUGUGGAGUUUGUAAAGAGUUUUAAGAUUCCGCUGCUGGUCCUGGGAGGAGGAGGAUACACCGUCAGGAACGUGGCUCGCUGCUGGACCUUCGAGACGUCUCUGUUACUGGAUGAAUCCAUCAGUGAUGAGCUGCCUUACAGCGAGUAUUUUGAGUACUUUGCUCCAGACUUCACGCUGCAUCCUGACGUCAGCACCAGGAUAGAAAACCAGAACUCCAGACAGUACUUGGAGCAGAUCCGUCAGACGGUGUUCGAGAACUUGAAGAUGCUGAACCACGCGCCCAGCGUCCAGAUCCACGACGUUCCCUCUGACAUGCUGAGCUACGAACGCACCGACGAACCCGACCCAGAUGAGAGGGGCGGCGAGGAAAACUACACCAGGCCAGAGGCAGCCAACGAGUUCUACGACGGCGACCACGACAACGAUAAAGAGAGCGAUGUGGAAAUUUGACCCGCCUGAACACAUGUGGAGGAACUUUCCUUCACAGCUUUCUGUUUCCAUCGCCCGCGGUCUCCAAACCUCACGUCACCACUGCAGAUUUACCAGAAACUCUGAAACUAACGUGCCAGUUCUGGAUGGACUGAAAAGACUCUUUGGGCGAUCCUUCUCUCGUAGGUUCUGUUUCUAGUCUUGUGUAUAACGUCACAGAGUUCACUGAGGAUGAGCCCGAAUUACAUUUACAAGUGGGAUAAACGUUUAUUAUGAUGGAUCCAGAAACAUCAGGUGUUAAAUCUCUGUUUGUGUGAAAAGAAAACAGGAUGGAUGCUCCUUUUUGUUUUAAUUUUCAAACAAUAUCAGGGCUCAAAACAGGGUUUUUUUUCCUUUCUGUAUAUGUCAAAUGUCUAUAUUUUGGUAAUAGCAAUUUUUAAAACAUUUUUCUGCUUGUUAUAUUGUCCAUGUUAUCCCAGUAAUAAGAUGUAUUUGACUGUUGAAAGAGGAAAAAUUCACCUGUAACUCAUUUUAAAAGUCUGUUCAAUCAAUCAACUCAUCAUUUGUAAAUCUAUUUGGAUUCAGGAAACAGCCACAGUAAUGUGUUUUUCACCACACAUCACUCCUCACAUAGAACAAAUAUCAUCAUCUAAAAUAGAAGAUAAUCCAGCGACGGUUUCCAUCAGAAAAGUCGUGAGGAGUUGUUGAUUUAUUUCAUCGUACAAGUGGCAUGCAUGAGUUAAAAGCUGUUCAAGGACACAUUACUCACAUAUUUAUCAGGUCAGAUGUUUAAAACAUCACUUUUGUUUUUAGACAGAAUCUCAGUAGUACAAACUAUUCCAAGUCUCUUUAUACUCAUUAUUUGGAAACUGUAAACAAAGCAGCCUCAUGUGCCUUAAAGCUCUGAGAAGCUGAGCACUGGUGUAGAGCUGGACACAUGUUCACAUCAACUUCAACUUUUAACUUGACACCAAUUUGGAUUUCUACAAGUAAACAUCCGUAGCUUGUUCUGUAAAUGAGGCCACUGGACUGGAACUACUCUCCUGUCUUUUCAUUCCUUUUCUCUUUUUCCUCUGCUCUUUACUGUAUAUACAUAUAAAUGUAUGAGCCGUGAAUGUGUUUCUAAUGUAGAAGAGGACACCGUGAUGAUGAUGCUGGUAGUUUGUUAGUGCAGCAUUUGGGAUAAAAGCAAGAAGUUGACACGGUGAUCAGAUGUCAGAGUGCUGGUCCCUCACUGUGUUACAGAUGUACAUGAGUGGCAACUGAGGUGUGAAGCCACAGUAGAAACACUUAAUGCCGUCUAUUACUCUGGUCCUCUUUUAGCCAGAAACAGGUUUUAUGUGAUUUUUGAUAUAUUGUUGUCAGCAACUUUUGUUUUUAAUAAAAUAAAGAAAUUGAACCACA